CCCGACGACGCUGCCCUGGGUCGUAAAACACACGCACCAGAGAAUGUUUUUCGAACCGUUAGCAGCCAAUCACAGCGCAGAGCGGAGGGAGCGCCGCCGUUUGAAUGCUGUGCGGAAACAGUCAGACAGCCAACCGAUCAGACGACAAUGCAGCUAACGAAAUACACCGACGUGUUUCGCACCGAGGGCCGUUUGAGUGGCGCUAAACGUAACAUGUUCUAGUCGCGUGACGCAAAUGAGCUUUCUUUAUUUGUUUUCGUAUGUGGUUUGUUUAUGUGACGUGCUAACGUCAGCGAGCUAACUAGCUAGCUGCGUUGCAACUAAAGCACUGAGCCACGAAAUAGGUGCGACUGAACGUCGGCAUCGCGCUCUGAGAUUCGGGGUUACAGUCGGUAAAUAAUUACUGGGCUCGAGCAGCGCGAGGAUGACAUAGCUGUUUGGAGAAAGUGGUAACGUUAGAAAGACUCGGUGAAGACAGCUGAUGCUACAGCGGAUGUCUGGUCCUGUCAGAAGCGCGUGAACGAGGUGUUGCGUGGUUCCUUUUAAGAGCAGGAGAUCGUGUGUCAUGAAGGUCAUGGAGAGGAAUGUGAUGCGUCUGGUGGCCGUGCAGCACCUCCGCGCAGCGUACGGGAUCAAGACGAAGAACUGGAACAAAAACAAGGCGGCCAGCUGCAAGUCCACAGCGAGCCACUCGACAAAGGUUUUCGGGGUAUCCCUGGAGAGCUUACCAUAUUAUAACAUGGGAUGUGGAAGCGUGCCGAGCUUCCUGGUCGACGCAUGUAUGAUGCUGCUGGCGCACGUCGACACAGAGGGCCUGUUCAGAAAAUCCGGCUCUGUCAUUCGCCUGAAAGCACUCAGAGCGAAACUGGAUGCGGGUGAGGAAUGCCUGUCCACCGCACUUCCCUGCGAUGUGGCCGGUCUGGUGAAGCAGUUCUUCAGGGAGCUACCGGAGCCUGUGCUGCCCACCGAGCUGCAGGAGGCCUUCCUCAAGGCCCAGCAGCUCCCCGCUGAGGAGGACGGGGCCUCUGCCACCAUGCUGCUGACCUGUGUGCUGCCCGACAGGAACCUCAGCGUCCUGCGUCACUUUUUUGACUUCCUCCAAAUUGUCUCUAAGAGGUGUGCCGAGAAUAAGAUGGACAGCAGUAACCUGUCUGUAAUCCUGGCUCCCAACAUCCUUCAUGCUGGAGACGGGACAGAGAAGAUGAACGCCAACACUGAGAAGCGCCUGAAGCUUCAGGCAGCCAUAUUGCACUGCUUCAUAGAGAACGCCCACACCUUUGGUGUCUUACCACAGUUCCUUCUCGAGAAAGUUCCAGCCAUGAUGGGCUGUGAAGCGAGGGUUCUGUCCCCUGCUGAUGGCCUUCAGGAGCUGGAUUUAAACUCGGGGAUGAAGAAGAGACAAAGACGCAGCUUCGGAGAUAUGGUCAAUGGUGCGCUGAAUAAGAUAACAAAUAAUAGAACACCCACAAAUGCCACCAAGUCAGACAGUCUUGUCUUUUCCUCUGCAACUCCGGUUAUUGCAACUCCAACCUCAAAACGGAAACUUCCCUUGGAAUCUGGUCACUCUUUUGGAUUCUCAAACAAACGCAGAUCUGUCAAAAAGACCCUCGGGAUAGACUUACUCCCCAAUACUCUGUUUAGCGGGACCUCCACUCCUGGAUCAGCUUACAGUGCUUCGGGGGUCUUGGACUCUUCCCAAACUACCGUGUCGUCAGCAGGGAAGUCUAGAAAGCAGUCGGCUGUCUCUGCGAGGAGGAAGAGCCAACGUCUUAGCAGCAGACAUGCUGUCAACAGGGUGGAAUCUGGAAGGGCAGGAUGCUUUUCUCCAAAAGUCGACAAAAAAGAAGGACCACGCAAAUCCCUGCGCUUGCGAUUCAGCCUGGGGAGGAGCAGCAAGGAGGCUGGGUCUGAGUCCAUUGGCUGGCGUCUUGCCACUCAGGAGAGCACCACCAGUUUUCGUUUCACCAAAGACACCGCGUUCAGUCCAUCGCUUCUGCCUCGAAAAGCCGAACCCAAAAGUGCCAAGUACAUCAGCAAGUCUGAGGACAAUUUGCUGACCCCCCAUUGUGACCCAGGUGUCCACCGGACCCUGUGGAGCGGGGAGACUCCUUCAGGAGACCGGGCUUUCGGCCAAACCUCUUUCACAGACACCCCCGUGAACAUGGGCUCAAAGAGCAACUCCGUGUCUGAGCCAGCCAUCGCGGUGUUGAAGCCCACAGCGGCGGGCAGCUUUCCCAAGAAGCUGUGUUGCGCUUCCAGUGCCGAGAGCCUGGCGAGCGGCGCCGCUGAGGUCCAGAGCCAAACCGGUCCCACCCAUCUGGAAAUGACGACGGCCUUCACGCAGUCGGCCACUGGCCCCCAGACUGUCAUUCAGGAUCCCUGCAGCUCGAACCCACCUGACAGCGUCCUCCUCCUCCUCCCUCCGGGGACUCCCACAGUCCGAGUUCUGUCCGAGGACGCGGAGGCCUCCAGCUUCUCCACCCGGCAGAGCCGUCCGGGUAAAGAACAGAACCGUACCUUUGGCCAGUUUGAGAUUGCCUCUCUAUCACCGUUGCACAUCGACAGUGUCGUUUUCGAGCCAGGUGUAUACUUCACCGACGGACCACCUCUCUGCGCCGCUCGCAUCGACGACGGCUCCGUGGGAGGAGCCUGUGAAGCGGAGGCGGAGCAGGCGAACUGCAGCCGGUUGAUCGACGCUCUGGACAUCCAAAGUCCGGCUCGCUUCAAACUGGGCGUCUCCCGUGGGCCGCAGUCCACUCCGUACAAGGCGGGCCUCGACCUCGGGGAGGAGUUCGGCUCGCCGCCGCAGAUCGGUACCGCCGUCUGUGCGCCACACGACGAAGAUGAAUCUUCCCCGGAGAGUGGCGCCAGAGUCCAGGACCAACGCCCCCUCUCCCCGCGCAGCCUGGAGAGCGAGAAGCGCCGGGUGGCGGACCACAUUCAUCACUUCAACGAGCUCACCCUCCGUUCUCCCCGGGGCGCCGUGGCCAAACUCGGCCGAUCGCCGCUCAAGUUCCAGCGCACCCCCGUGCGUCAGACCGUCCGCAGGAUGAACUCCCUCCUGGGAGAGAGCAGGAGGCCGUCCCGGAAUGCAGAGCUCGCCGUCGGCCAGAGCGGCCCGGUGGUGAAGGCCGUGAGCCUGGAGAGCGGCCUCUCGCCUCGCCCGCAGCUGCGGCGGCGGCCUUCCCAGAGUGAGGCCCGGCCGGGGCGGUCCGACGGCAUUCGGCCCAUCAAGAAACCCCCUCCCGUCCCACCCAGAAAGCCAAGCACCUUGGCCCGCAGACCCACGGUCGCGGCUCUGGCCGACAUGACCAACACGGUGCAACCAAAGACCAGAGUGGCCGGUUGCGCUCAGAAGCCGGUCGGAGAGAAGGACAUGAACCAUUACAGAGGCUCCCCUCGAAACCCCAUCAGUCAGGUGCAGCUGCUGUCGGCCACCAAGCCUGUGGAUUUAUAGUUUCAAGUCUUUUUUUCCUUUUAUAAUUCUUCCCACUAUGCAGGUCUCUGUCUAGUUUGGACGACAUGACAUUAAACCGUCCCUCUUUUACAUAUUAUCCAUAAUUUCAGGGCUUUUAAUUUAUUUUGAGCUGUGCCAGGUGCUGUGUGAUUCUAAUGGGAUAUUUGAAUGUGCCUUCAGUUUGUUUUACUCCAGUCAAACAAGUCUAGGAGUUAAGCAUCCACACAGGUCAACCUACGGGAUUAUGUUGGGACUAUAGGGUGCCGACAGAUUAUGUGACAUGGAAUGACUGGAUAGUUUAGAAAUCUGGUGCUUUUAUUUAUGUAUUAUGUGUAUAUAUGUAAUCCUUAGUUAGGUGUCUUUUUAAAAAAAAAGAGUGUUUACCGAAAUUGAAGCUUUUUAAAAUUACACAAUAUUUUCUUACUGGCUCAUGUAGGGAUAAAAGAAGAGAAAAUGCACCUUUUUGUUGGAUUUGAGAGAGAAAAGCAGUAUUGAUGACCUUGUCUGUCCAUUCAUUCAAAAGCAGCCUCCAGUAUUGAUGCUUUGCCUUGUGAACUGCUUCAGACAAAUAAACUCAAACAUCUUAUUCUC